AUGUGCAACAUAGUUCUGACAGCAGGUCUCUGCCUGGUCAUCGCCAGCUUGGGCUCUUCCGAAAGGCUGGUGUGUUACUUUAACAGCAUGGCCGAAGAUAGAGCAGACGCCGGGAAGUUCACGAUUGAGGAUAUCGAUCCGAACAAAUGUACCCAUCUGAUCUACGCCUUCUCUGACAUCAAUGAUUUCAAUGAGAUGGUCCCGACUAGAAGAGCAGACAUAUUUCGCUAUCAGUUGUUUAAUGGGCUCAAAACCAGAAAUCCUUCACUCAAAACCCUGUUGGCUGUUGGUGGCCCAACCUUUAACAAAGAAAAAUUCAAUACGAUGGUGUCAACCACACAAAAGAGAACAACAUUCAUCCAGUCUGCUGUCGCACUACUGAGAAUAUUUCAGUUUGAUGGGUUAAACCUGGACUGGAUGUACCCUGUGGGAGCAGGAGGCAACCCAGACAACAAGCAGAAAUUUACACUGCUGUGCAAGGAGCUCAAUGCUGCCUUUGAGAGUGAAGGGAACAAACACAACCGUGACCGAUUGAUCCUCACAGCAAGUGUCUCUGCUGAGAGAGAGGUUAUUGAUGCCAGUUAUGAAGUCAAAAACAUUACCAAGGACCUGGACUUCCUCAAUGUGCUGACGUAUGACUUUCACGGCCCCUGGGAAAAUUUCACAGGACAUCAUAGUCCUUUAUUCGGGGGAUCCCACGAUACUGGAGACAAAAUCUACUAUAAUACUGACUCUGCCAUGCAGUAUUGGGUGGACAAGGGAGCACCUGCACAAUUGCUAAAUUUGGGACUAGCUGCAUAUGGGCGAGCUUUUUCCCUCUCCUCUGCAUCCAGUGAUGUUGGAGCUCCAGUCAGCGGCACUGGUGAAGAAGGCUGCUACACUGGUGAAGAAGGAUUCUGGGCCUAUUAUGAGACUUGCCUUUAUACUGAAGGGGCUACAGUCCAACGGAUUGCUGAUCAGAAAGUUCCAUAUGCCAUCACAGAAAACCAGUGGGUUGGAUUUGAUGACACACGCAGCAUUAGUACAAAGGUCAGUUACUUAAAAUCAAAAAACUUUGGAGGAGCUUUUGUUUGGUCCCUGGACCUGGAUGACUUCAGUGGAAAUUUCUGUAACCAGAGCAAAAGUCCCUUCAUCAGCCACCUGAAUUAUCUACUGUCUAAGUUCUUCAUCUUCCACUACUUCAACGACCACAACCCCAACUACCACUACAACUUUUUCGAAGACCCCAACUACUACGACCACAACUCCAAGUACUACAACAGCAACUCCAACUACUACAACCACACCAACAACUAUUCCAACUACCACAACUCCAACUCCAACAACCACAGCAACUAUACCGACGAGCACAACAACUACUCUGAUGACCACAAAUACAACUCCAACAACCACAUCAACCACUCCAAGUACAACGACUCCAAAACUCCAACUACCACAUCAAUCACACCAACUACCACAACAACAACUCCAACAACCGCAAUCGCAACUACCACGACCAAAACUCUAACGACCACAAAAACUACUCCAUCUACAACAACAACUCCAACUACCAUGACCACAACUCCAACCACCACAAUAGAAACUACCACGACUACAAGAACUACUCCAACUACAAGAACUACUCAAACUACCACAACCCCAACUCAAUCUACCACAACAAAAACGACCACAACAACCCCAAAAACCACUACUACAACUCCAGCUACCACAACAACUACUCCAACUACCACAACCCCAGCUACCACUACAACAACUACUCCAACUACCACAACCCCAACUACCACUACCACAACUCCAACGACCACAACAACUACUCCAACUACCACAACCCCAACUAACAACCACUCCAACUACCGCAAUGCCCACUACCAUGACCACAACUCAAACCACCACAAUAGAAACUACCACGACCCCAACACAAAAUACCACAACAAUACAACAACCACAACAACUCCUCCGACUACUUCUACCACAACCCCAACUACAACUACCCCAACUACCACUACAACAACUCCAACGACCACAACAACUACUCCGACUACUUCUACCACAACCCCAACUACCACUACAACCACUCAAAUGACCACAACAACCACUCCAACUACCACUGCCACAACCUCAACAACCACUUCUACAACUCCAACUACCACAACAACUACUCCAACUUCCACUACACCAACUCCAGCUACCACAACAACUACUCAAACUACCACAACCCCAACUACCACUACAACAACUCCAAUUACCACGACUACUCCAACUACCACAACUACUCCAACUACCACAACCACUACUCCAACUACCACUACCACAACCCCAACUACCACUACAACAACUCCAAUGACCACAACAACUAGUUCAACUACCACUACCACAACCCCGACCACCACUACGACCACAACAACUACUCCAACUACUUCUACCACAACCCCAAUUACCACGACCACAACUCCAGCUACCUCAACAACUUCCACUACAACAACUCCAACUACCACAACAACUACUUCAACUACCACUACCACAACCCCAACUACCACUACAACCACUCAAAUGACCACAACAACUACUCCAACUACCACUGCCACAACCUCAACAACCACUACUACAACUCCAACGACCACAACAACUACUCCAACUUCCACUACACCAACUCCAGCUACCACAACAACUACUCAAACUACCACAACCCCAACUACCACUACAACAACUCCAAUUACCACAACUACUCCAACUACCACACCUCCAACUACCACAACUACUCCAACUACCACAACAACUACUCCAACUACCACUACCACUACAACAACUCCAAUGACCACAACUACUCCAACUUCCACUACAACAACUCCAACUAGUCCAACUACCAAUACCCCAACUACCACUACAACAACCACAACAACUUCUCCGACUACUUCUACCACAACCCCAACUACAACUACCCCAACUACCACUACAACAACUCCAAUUACCACAACUACUCCAACUACCACACCUCCAACUACCACAACUACUCCAACUACCACAACAACUACUCCAACUACCACUACCACUACAACAACUCCAAUGACCACAACAACUAGUUCAACUACCACUACCACAACCCCAACCACCACUACGACCACAACAACUACUCCAACUACUUCUACCACAACCCCAACUACUCCAACUACCACAACCCCAACUACCACAACUCCAGCUACCACAACAUCUACUCCAACUUCCACUACAACAACUCCAACUACCACAACAACAACUACCACAACUCCAGCUACAACCACUACAACAACUCCAACGACCACAACAACUACUCUGACUACUUCUAACACAACCCCAACUACCACUACAACAACUCCAACGACCACAACAACUACUCCGACUACUUCUACCACAACCCCAACUACCACAACUACAACUCCAGCUACCACAACAACUACUCCAACUUCCACUACAACAACUCCAACUACCACAACAACUCCAACGACCACAACAACUUCUCCAACUACCACAACAACUACACCAACUACCAAUACCACAACCCCAACUACCACUUCCACAACUCCAAUGACCACAACAACUACUCCAACUACCACUACCACUACCACAACCCCAACAACCACAACAACAACUCCAACUUCCACCACAACAACUCCAACUACUCCAACUACCACUACAACAACUCCAACGACCACAACAACUACUCCAACUUCCACUACAACAACUCCAACUACCACAACAACUCCAACGACCACAACAACUUCUCCAACUACCACAACAACUACACCAACUACCAAUACCACAACCCCAACUACCACUUCCACAACUCCAAUGACCACAACAACUACUCCAACUACCACUACCACUACCACAACCCCAACAACCACAACAACAACUCCAACUUCCACCACAACAACUCCAACUACUCCAACUACCACUACAACAACUCCAACGACCACAACAACUACUCCAACUUCCACU